UUGUGUUUACGGAAUACAAAACUUGUGCUUUUUAAAAUCAAUAUUGUUUAUUUUUAAAUAGGUAGAUACUUUAUGUUAAUUGUACUAUUUUAAAGAAAAACGUCGAAGUUUAAAAUGUUAUAAUUUAUGCAAUAAAUUUUAAUAAAUAAUCAGCGAACUAACACAAUCAUGUCGGACGCUUGGGAAGAAAUUCAAGCGGUAAAAAGUAAACGAAAUAGUCUGAGAGAAAAACUGGAAAAACGUAAGAAAGAACGGCAAAGUAUACUAGGUACAACGUUAAUAAAUGACAAAAGCGAAGGAUCUCCCAGUAAUAAAGAAAAGAGUGUCUCUAGCCCGGCAUCUAAAUCGGAAGCACAAGAGAAGCCGAAACUGCCGAUACCACCUGCGUCUCUAGAAGUGCAGUUGUUACAAGUACUAUCAGACAUGCAGUUACAAUUGCCAGCUACGGCAAGUGCUUUACUGCCAGGACUCGGAGAUGUGGAUACGGGUAUUGUUGCCAGUUUGCUGCAGAAGUUCGCCACACAGAAGUUAAUUACGAUAAAAGAAAGGACCGAGAGCACAACAGAUGCAAGUAUAGAAGUGGUCAGCGCAGAGUCAGUAAGACUUGCUGCAGUUUUGGCAGCAUUAAUGGAAGAACAGAAUAAUACUAAUAAAAGGAAAGGUGAUGGCACGGCAGAGGAAGGACCUAAGGUUAAAGUUUCCAAAUCAAACACUGAUGAGAAAAAAGCUGGAAAAGGAGAUACUGAUAUAAUGUCGCUCCUAGCGAUGCCUUCAAGUAGAGAAAAAGCAGUGAAAAGAGUGGGGGAAGAGAUAAUGGACCUGUUGAGUAAGCCCACUGCUAAAGAGAAGUCAUUGGCUGAUAAGUUUAAGAGCCAAGGAGGUGCGCAAGUAAUGGAGUUCUGUCCGCACGGCACGCGAGCGGAAUGCGUGCGUGCGUACAAAGCACAAGAGAGUGAGGGACAAAUAGACAGACAGACGGACUAUGGAUGCAAGAAACUGCACUUCAAAAAGAUCAUACAAAGUCAUACCGAUGAAACGCUGGGCGAUUGCUCGUUUUUGAACACCUGCUUUCAUAUGGACACUUGCAAGUAUGUGCAUUACGAAGUGGACAAUGCAGACCCGAAUGUGGCAGCAAGUAAAACUGCAGUGGAACAGCCCAUGAAAUCUGGACAAAAUGGCACAAAUGUAGUAUCAGCUGUAAAGCCAGAUGGAGUUUUAACAUUAACCCCUCCGCAGUGGAUUCAGUGCGACUUGAGAUAUCUCGACAUGACGUUUUUGGGUAAAUUCGCGGUAAUAAUGGCGGAUCCGCCUUGGGACAUUCACAUGGAGCUGCCGUACGGUACGAUGUCUGAUGAUGAGAUGAGAUGCCUUGGUGUACCGCAGCUGCAGGAUAGUGGCCUUAUCUUCUUAUGGGUUACUGGCAGGGCGAUGGAGCUAGGCAGGGAAUGUCUCAAGUUAUGGGGCUACGAGCGGGUAGAUGAGCUUAUAUGGGUGAAGACAAAUCAGCUGCAAAGAAUCAUUAGAACUGGCAGAACUGGGCAUUGGCUCAACCAUGGGAAAGAGCAUUGUUUGGUGGGAAUGAAAGGUAACCCCGAAAAUUUAAAUAGGGGUCUGGAUUGUGACGUCAUAGUAGCUGAAGUACGAGCGACGUCGCACAAACCGGACGAAAUAUAUGGUAUUAUAGAGAGGCUCAGUCCAGGCACAAGGAAAAUAGAAUUAUUCGGUCGGCCGCACAAUGUACAGCCUAACUGGAUAACCCUCGGUAACCAAGUGGAUGGUGUUCGUCUAGUGGACCCAGAAUUAAUAGCAGCGUUCAAGAAACGAUACCCUGAUGGGAACUGCAUGGCUCCUCCACCACCAGACCCUGGCUUAGCGUAACGAAUCUAGUCUUUAGUUAUAUGUAUCGUAAUUUUAAACAAAAUGUAUUAAUUUUAAGAUAUUAAAAUUUUUUGGAAAUAAAUGCGAAAUAUUUUUAAUGAUUUGUGUUAAUUAAGUCAAUUUAAAUUUUUAUUACGGUCUAUCAAAACAAUUUUUUGUUCUUUAAUUAAACUCCGAAUGAUAAACA